GAAAGAGAGGGAGUUAUUGUUGUCAUUCUAUAAUCCCAGAGUUUCAUUUUGGGGCGGAGCUUUGUGUCUGAGAGCCAACCACACAGAGCAGAAUCAGGUCAGUCUGCUGGAGAGGACCUGAAAAAAACCAGGCACAGAGCACAGCAGGAGGAUAGUUGACUGACUGAACAAGCAGCAUGUCUAAACCAUCGUCCAACGUCAAAGCCCUGCAGGCAAAUCUAAAUAUUCCGAUGGGAGCGCUGCGUCCAGGUGCGGGACAUCCUGUCAAGAGGAGAGAGGAUACUGUAGACACAGAGGAGGCUCCUCCCCCAGACCCCCUGCAGGAAGCCACGGCCCUGUCGCCAGAGGAGAAGAAACCAUUGCCAGGAUCGAUGAAGCUUCCUGGUCCAGCAGUCAACCUAUCAGAGCUGCAGAAUGUCAAGAGUGAACUACGAUGGGUCACCAAGGACUAACACACACACUGCGGUGUUUCCCAACUUCUCCUCCAGUACUGAAUUAGUUGUGCUUGUCCAGGGAUACCAUAAAAUGUGUACUAUUGGGGAUACUCAAGGAGUACUACAGGUUUCUCAUCAGACCCACACCCACCCUGCAUCUUCUACUGAUGAACUACAACUACCACACCCACCCUGCAUCUUCUUCUGAUGGACUACAACAACCACACCCACCCGGCAUCUUCUACUGAUGAAAUAUAAGAUUGACCCUGCAUCUUCUACUGAUGAAAUAUAAGAUUGCCCUGCAUCUUCUACUGAUGAACUACAAAUACCAGACCCAACGUACAUCAUCAACUGAUAGACGACAACUAUACCAGACUACACCUAACCCUAUCAGCUACGGACAGCUAUACCAGACUACACCUAACCCUAUCAGCUACAGACAACUAUACCAGACUUCACCUAACCCUAUCAGCUACAGACAACUAUACCAGACUACACCUAACCCUAUCAGCUACAGACAACUCCACCAGACGAGUGACCUGCAAUAGGCCAUCUACUUCAACAAACCCAUAACUGGUUUAAUUUCCCAUGCAGUGAAGUUAGGGUUAGGGAUAGACUGGAUUGGAGUGAACUAAAUGUAACAAUAAUACAUCCAGCCCUGGUAGCUAUAGGUCUCUGUGUUACCUCAUAUAGAAAAGACUACAACCAGACUAGUUAUAGGUUUUGUUUGUAAAUUCACUCUGGAGUGCAAGAGUGCAGAAUUAGUCAAUUCAGAGCGUUUCACUCUUGGACUAAUCAGAGCUCACACUGGACACUGGCGGUUAAUCAGAGCGUUCUGUCAAGCACCCAAGAUAACUGGCUGAAGUUGACUAGCUUGCUAGCUACUUCCAGACACAAAUGAGACAACACCUCACUCUGACCAUUCACCAUAGCAGAGCUGGUUAGGAUGUUUUCAUGUUAUCCAGAGCAUUGGUGACUGUAAUUGUGCUGCUGACAACAAUAUAUUUACAUUUCUUUGCCAACGUUUACUGACACCGAUCAUAUUCAAUGGGUGCUCGUAAAUUAAUCAGUUAUUUUGGACUCUGGUACACUCAGACGAUGAGUGCUCUGGAAUAGGAUUAGAUAGUCAGAGUGAAUUUACUAACGCACCAAUAGACAUAACAUUACAGCUCUGUUACAGCUCUGCUACCUUUUACAUCUUUAACUGUCAAUGUGAACAAGACACAAUCUGGAGAAUGUAUCUGAUGGACUGAUGUCAUCAGAAUGUGUAUGGCGGGUUGUGAUGUCAUCAGAAUGUGUAUGGUGGGUUGUGAUGACAUCAGAAUGUAUUCGGUGGACUGUGAUGACAUCAGAAUAUUGUGAUGUUUUAAUUGUUUGAAAUUCCCUUAUAAUCAAAAUGGUUUCUAGGAGAUUAUGGAUUCCUUAGCAACUGUUGCAAUAAAUUAUAUCUUGAUUCUA